UAUGCAUUUGUCUCAUAACAGACUUCCGUGGGUGGGACUGUCAUCUUCCUAAAGGCUGCCCUGACAAAUCUUGCAGUUAGUAAGCGUUAGUAUCCAGGAGUAUCAAGACCAGUCCACCUGCUGAACUGCAUUCUGCAUAUUUACAAUGCCAAAAGAAAGCCACUGGCAGCACAAAAUGUGAUAUGGCUCUCUAACAUAUCUGGUACCACAUAACUGGUGUUGAUUUGGAAACAAUUUCUGAGUCAUGACAUUAAUAUAACACUUAUAAGCUGUACUGAAGAAGAUGAACAGGUCUCUGCUCUCCGGCUGUCACUGUCAAAUCAGAAUGUAGGAAAGUAGCUGAGAAUUGGUGACACUAACUGACUACAAAACAAAAAGGACAACCACAAGGCUUUGGCUUGGACACACAAAUUACCUGUCAGAAUAAUGGAUAUUCAACCAUCCAACUCCUCAUCUGUAUCGAUUGAAUACAUUCCUCUCCGGGUUUCCAGUGACACAGGAAGCACAAACUGCUCUGCCAUCGGAUAUGAUGCCCCCUACCAAUUUGUCCUGAUUCCAAUAAUAUACAUGGUCAUUUUUGUGGUGGGGACUAUUGGAAACACAGUUAUUAUUGUGGGAUUGACAUGCUAUGUUCAGGCCAAAACAGUAGCAAAUAUUUACAUUGUAAACUUGGCUAUUGCAGACUUGUCCUUUGUUGCCACAUUACCAUUGUGGGCUAUAGAUCUGUCAGGAAGAUACAAAUGGACCUUUGGUUCUUCUAUGUGUAAGUUGUGUGCUACACUGUCAUCAGUGAACAUGUAUGCCAGCAUCUUUUUCCUCACAUGUCUUAGCGCUGAUCGCUAUUACAGCAUUGUGCGUCCAAUAGAGACUCUUGGAAGACGAACUCUAACCAAGGCCAAAAUGAUAACACUUGUCGUCUGGGUUUCUUCUUUUGCUGUCAGCACUCCAACAAUGUUAUUCCGACAGACUUACUACUCAAAUUACUCCCAUCACACUGUCUGUUCCAUGAAGUAUCCACCAAACAGCAUAUUCUGGCUCAUUUUCUUAUACUCUGUUAAGUACAUAGUGGGAUUUCUAAUUCCUUUUAUCAUACAGGGAAUAUGUUAUUUUUUUAUAUACAAAAAGAUUUUAGCAUCAGCUAAGAAUAAGCAAAGAAAAACGAAAAGUGACAAGAUUUUAAAGGUUGUGUUAGCAAUGGUGCUUGCUUUCUUUGUGUGUUGGCUGCCAUUUCAUAUAAUUAAUUUCCUCAAGUUAUUAGCUCGAUUCAGGCUAAUUCCCAGUUGCAUGGCUAUUCAUAACCUUAAUAUCAUAAUACCAUUUACUGUUUGUAUAGCCUACUCCAAUAGCUGCAUUAACCCUAUCCUUUAUUAUUUUGCAAGCAAGAGGUUCCGAAACAAACUUACAAAGUCGUUCAAGAGGUCACUGUAGUGUUCUUUGGAGCCCUAGGUAAGGCCUUAUGGAGACCACUGGUGAUCCUACUUGACCCAUAAUACAAUCACCCAGUUCCCCAUCCUUAUGUGUAUAUUUUGCCAUCUACUAAUCCAGAGGAACGUGAAUGGAAUUUGAGCGUGUCUGCCCUGAGGUGUCAGUUAAAAGAAAAAGUAGCCACCCAUUGACUGGGUUUAACUGUUAGGAUUUACCUAUCGAGUCUGGCUAUGGCAACUUUUUCUAAAUCAGAAGCUGUGUUUAGACGCAGUUGAAAUGCCAAAUGCUUGUAACUGCUUGUAAACCUGAUUUUUUCUGCUCAUCAGCUAUCCUUAUUGUUAGUAUGUUGUUAGUAUAUUUUAUGUGUGGCCCAAUGCAAUUCCUCCUAUUGCAAAGUGGCCCAAGACAGUCAAAAGGUUGGACACCCCUGAAAAAAAAUAUUUGGGUGCCUAUUAUCAUACUUUUUGUAACACACUACAAAAUGUAUAAUAUUGUGUGCAAAUUCUGUUGCAUU